AUGGAAGAGAGUUUCGCAAGCAAUCCAGAAGAUCCCGAACAUUCACAUAACAGCAAAGAAUUAUCCAAUAGCAGUCAAGCCUUCUUCAAUUUUAUCAAGAGUCUGGUGGGAAUAGCAAUAUUGGAUUUACCUUAUUCUGCAAAUGAGUGUGGCUAUGCUUUGGCAAGUAUAUUGCUCCUGAUUCUAUCCUAUGGAACAAUCAGAACCAGUUUAAUGUUAAUAAAAGUGGCUGAAGAAUCAGAUAUUCAUUAUUAUACCAAAAUCGUGAAGUAAUAUAUGGGACCAAUCUCAGCUUCAAUCUUGGAUGUCUUUUUAUCAGGUUAGUAAUUAUUUGCUUGUAUUGCAUAUAUAAUAUUUUUUCAACAAAUGUGCUAGUUAGCACUAUCAAACCUCCCCAAUUAUGUUAGUGUAAUCAUAUCGUUAUUGGUGAUCAUUCCCUUAUCUUUGAUCAGGGAUUUGCAUUUCUUCCAUAAAACUAGUACAGCAGGAUUUUUUAUUGCAGUCUUUGUUUUGGUUGCAAUUUCAGGAAUUUCUAUAUCCUAGUUUGGAAAAGCUGAGGAUGUUGUCGCAUUCAAUGCAUCGGGUAUGUUUAAAUUUAUUGGGGUUGCCAUGUUUGCCUAUGAAGGGAUAUGUACAACACUCCCUGUAAGAUAUUCAAUGAAAGAUCAAAAGAAAUUCCCAUUUGUAUUUUUGAGCAGUUCGUUAACAUGUUUGUUUAUGUACAUUUCUUUCAUAAUAAUCAAUUGCAUAGCUUUGGGUUCAUAAUUACAAUAAAUUAUUGUUUUUAAUUUGCCCAAAGAUAAAAUCUGGGCAUUUGCUUUGUAGUUUUUAUAUGCCAUAUCAAUUUUAUUCACUUAUCCAGUUCAAAUAUAUCCUGCAUUUACUAUAAUUGAAAACAGAUUAAAAAUAAGAGACACGAAGAUCAUAUGGAUUGUUGAAAGACUAAUUGUUACGUCCAUUUUAUACGUGAUAGCCUAUAUCAUUCCAAGUUUCAAUACUUUUCUUAAUUUAAUCGGAAUGGUGUUUGGAACAUUCCUGCAAUUCAUUUAUCCAAUAACUCUGUAUUUGCUAUAUUUCAAAUCCAGCCUGAGGAUCUUUGAAUGGAUUGAAGCUUCGCUUGUUAUGUUUAUGGGAGUGAGUGCUGGAGUUCUGGGUUUAUACUUUUCAAUAGAUGAUUUAGUAAAAUAAAAUAAAUGA